CAAUGGUUAAUAUUAAUCUUAAACGAGUCCGAGUAUUGAUUGCUAAAAGUUGGAUCUCAGAAAGUGACUUCUCAAUUUUGCAGAAUACGCAUUCAACAAGUAACUUCCAAUGGAAUGAAGCUCCUUUUGCAGGAAAAAAUAAAUCAAGCGAAACUCUGUAGCUCUCACAACUCCGAUCUUCAUCAGAUUUCUUCUAAUUUCUUCUAAUUUGGGGGGAAAACACAGUAGAAUAAUGAUCCAAUUCGUAAGCCAUGCCGAUCAGUAAUAUCUGAAGUUUGAACUGUUUGUCAAUGUCUACACAUAAAUCGAACUACGGUGUAAAUUCCAGUGAGUCAGCAUUUGGGUCAUAUAGUUUUGUCCAUGACAGCAAAUCAUGUAAAGGUGAUUCUUCAAGUCCCGAUUUGGUACAUGACACGAAUUGGUGGUUUCAUCACGGGCUUGGGAGAGGUUUCUCCCAUAACCAAUUAAACGUGCUGGAUGUAGAUGCGAAACUCAUCGAGGAGUAUUGCACGAUAUACUCCGAAAAUAGUGCUGCUUUUUGUUCGGAUUUGCCAUUGGAGCAUUUUUGUUCUCCUUGCAAAAGUAAAGGAGAUAGUUGGUUGCAAGAAUUCAAAUCUACUGUAAACGACGAUGUGGUGGGCUUGGACGCUUACAAUUUCCCGCUCUUUGAACGGCCGAAGAAGCUUUAUUCUGAACUGGAUUCGAAUUGGAUUGGACUCAAGAAGAUUGAACCAUGGUGGAAUGCUGUUAAUAAAGAUGAUCUAACACCCUUGGUUUCUCAGACUUCAUCUCACCAUAUUAGAGAUCAAGACCCAGGAGUUCAAUCCGUGCACGUUGGUAAAGAGACAAAUGUCGUGGAUUCUCGAGAAACUCUUUCGUCAAUGGUAGAUGAAGUAAUCUCUUCUAUUGAUGACUGUACUCAAGGAAAUCCGGCUUCUGUAAGAAUGGAAAGAUCACUGGGUAAUAAACGAGGAUCAAUAUUGGAGCGCAAACUGCAAGACUCCGAUGGAACUUCCAGAAGUCGUUGUUCGGAAAGUUUUAUUACACCCAAAGUGGAACCAUCGAGUACAAAAGAACCAAGCGAUGAUGUCAGCAGAAGUAAACUGCUAGAGGCACUCUGCCAUUCUCAAACAAAAGCAAGGGAGGCUGAGAAGUUGGCACAGAAAGCCUGUGAUGAAAAGGAUGACGUCAUCAAUCUCUUUUUCCGACAGGCGUCGUGCCUCUUUGCUUACAGGCAGUGGGUCCGCAUUCUGCAGCUGGAGACAUUGUGCCUUCAUCUUAGGAGCAAAGAGUACUCUUUUACCCCUCCGAUUCUCUUACCUCGCGUUCGAAGUAAAGGCACUUCAUUGAGGAAAAUCCCGCGCAGAACUGCCAAAAAGCAAACGGCGAAACCGAGAUGCAAUCAUAUAAGCAGAUGCGCGAUUGCUUUUGCACUUGGUUUGAGUCUUGCCGGUGCUGGUUUGCUAGUUGGUUGGACCAUCGGUUGGCUUUUUCCUCCCUUUUAGAGGGCUGUGUUCUUCUUUUAUGCAAUUUCUUUGUUUUGAAAAACCAAUAUUUAUGUAUAUAUCGUAAAUUCGCAGGAUGUAGUGGUUGCUCGUGUAAAAUUGUGUAAGAAGAAGAAAUGGUGUCCAUUGUCGAAUGUGUUGUUAUCUCUGGUGCAGGUAAAUCUGUGCUAGCCUUGCUGUAAAUAUUCACCCUUUAGAUGGAAAUUUUGUAUGGAUUGGUAAAUAAAUAGUUGUGGUGUUGUAUUAUCAAUUUUAGCUUUAAUUUCUUA